AGGCAGGUCUGGCAGCAGUCGUCGCCUAGAAGAGAGGGGGAAAGGACGCGCCGGCCCGUCAGACCCAGCCUUCAGUUGCAGCCAUGAAGACCUACCUUUUCCUGGCCCUGUUCGGGGUGUGCCUGGUGGAGGGCAAGGUGUUCUUCCAGGAGACCUUCAGCGACGAUGGCUGGACGUCUCGGUGGGUUCAGUCGGAACACAAAGGGAAGGAGUUCGGAAAGUUUAAGUUGACACCCGGCAAGUUCUACGGGGACUCUGAGAAGGACAAGGGAAUCCAGACCUCUCAGGAUGCACGCUUCUAUGGCCUUUCCGCCAAGUUUGAUCCCUUCAGCAACAAGGGGAAGCCCCUGGUGGUGCAGUUCACCGUGAAGCACGAACAGAACAUCGACUGUGGCGGCGGCUACCUCAAGGUGUUCGACUGUUCCCUGGACCAGAAGGACAUGCACGGCGACUCUCCCUAUCUCCUCAUGUUCGGGCCUGACAUCUGCGGUCCAGGUACCAAGAAGGUCCACGUGAUCUUCAACUACAAGGGACAGAACCACCUCAUCAAGAAGGAGAUCCGGUGCAAGGACGAUGUCUUCUCCCACCUCUACACCCUCAUCAUUAACCCCGACAACACGUACGAGGUACUCAUCGACAAUGAGAAGGCACAGUCUGGCGAGCUCGAGGAGGACUGGGACAUGCUGCCACCCAAGAAGAUCAAGGACCCUGAUGCGAGCAAGCCCGAUGACUGGGAUGACCGCUCCACCAUCCCCGACCCUGAUGACACCAAGCCCGAGGACUGGGAUCAACCCGAGCACAUCCCUGACCCCGACGCCACCAAGCCCGAGGACUGGGACGAUGAGAUGGACGGCGAGUGGGAGCCACCCAUGAUCGACAACCCCGACUACAAGGGUGAGUGGAAGCCCAAGCAGAUCGACAACCCAGACUACAAGGGCCCAUGGAACCACCCCGAGAUCGACAACCCCGAGUACACCCCUGACACAGAAAUCUACAAGUAUGACGAGAUCUGCGCUGUCGGUUUGGACUUGUGGCAGGUGAAGAGCGGCACCAUCUUCGACAACUUCCUCAUUGCCGACGAUAUUGAGGAGGCGAAGCAGAUCGGCGAGGAGACCUGGGGAGCCACCAAGGAAGAAGCCAAGAAGAUGAAGGAUGCGCAGGACGAAGAGGAGAGGAAGAAGGCCGAAGAGGAGGCCAAGGCAGCCGAGGAGAGCAAGGACGAUGAGGAGGAGGAGGACGAGGACAUCGAUGACGACGAGGAUGACGAUGAUCUGGACAAUGAGUUGGGUCACGAUGAACUCUAAGCAUUAAUCUUUCCUCAGUCAAUCCCCUUUUUUUUCCUUCCCCUCCCCACCCACCCCCCACCCCUUUUCAACACCUUCAGCAUAGAUUGAAGCCUCUGGUCAAGCGUUAAUGUUAGGAUGAGAAGCUUCAGUCAUCCAGUCUGUUUGGGGUCUUGACGUACGUGGCAGCUCUCGUAAACUAAAGGAGGCCUCGCCACCUUCGGCAGGCCCCAGACUACUCCUAUCCCCCCCCCUCCUUGGGACUACGCCCUCUCUGUGGGUGGGUUAUGCAUCACCUCAUGAUCAUUUGUAAUCAUCCUCAUCUCCAUAGUGUAUGCAGCACAACCCUGUAUGUUUGUACGAGCCAUAGGUGUGAAAGAACCACAAUCCCAAGUGUCCGUUUGCAUUGGCCGAGGUGUAUGAUUGAGUGAUUUCCAAUAAACAGAAUGUGGA